AUGGCCAUCUUGAACCCGCAUCAUACUUGGACUCCAGUUUUUGGUUUUUUUGAGAAGAACUUUAAAGGCCAAUUCCCGGAUUAUCAGGCAGCAUCUCUGGGAGCAUUGGGAAUGAUUUCAGAUGGCUGUUGCGAUUUGAUGAAACAUCGCCUGCAUAAUUUUCUUCCUACUGUCAUAGAGGCUUUAAAGAGUGAAGAAGAGAUGAUCAAACUUUCUGCAUGGUAUGCACUCGGCGAAUUUGCAGAGCAUGUGCAUCCUGACCUCGAAGGUUAUUUUUCUUGUAUCUUAGGUGCCUUCAUUGCUGAUGCAUCUGUGGAAGUGAAGGAGGUGUUAUAUCCUGUUUUCACAACGAUCUGUGAGAACAUGGAGGGUAAACUCCAACCUUUCCUCGGAAGUUUGAUGCACAAGUUGACUGAGGACCUCAAAAAUGCUGACCAGCUGCGAGAGCUGUCCUUGGCCGCUAUUGCUAUUAUAGCAACUGCAGUAAGGAAAGAUUUUGAAGGACAUGCUGAUAGUAUUCUGAAGUGGAUGACUAACUUCAUGCUGGUUGACAAGGAAGACAAUCUGCAUACAUGUGCAAAUGCUACAGAACAAAUUGGAAUAGUUGCACUGGCAGUUGGAAGACCGUUCAUGAAUUCCUGGAUUGACCGUAUAAUGAAAAGUGCAAUUAAGUGUUUUAAAAAGCGCAGAGAGUGCACCUUUGGACUCUUCAUCAAUGUUGCUAAAAUUAUGAGCUCUGAUUUUCGAGAGUACCUGCCAAAGGUUGUAGAUCUAGCAUAUGCUUCGUGUGAAUUUCUGUCACCUGCUGAUGAAAAGGCAGCAGCAAUUAAGGCCAUUGGCUUAUUCGCCUUACAUAUAAAAGAUAUUUUGAACAGUCUCUGGAGAUUGUCAAGCUAUAUUCUAGUCAUUUCGAUAUAGAUGAUUGUCUACAGGCUAUCAAGGCUUUGCAACGUAAGUUUGAAUUCCAGCCUCCUGCUCUUCCACAAUUUUCCUGGCAGUUUAAAGGGCAUCAUUUGUUGGAGAAAGUACUAAUAAUGUA